CUUCAUCCAACAUGCAUUUGCACUAGCAAAGCCACUAAGAAAUUCACAAAACAUAGAAAAAGAAGAGGUAAUAAGAAACAAUGGUAGAGGAUAGAAAAGUUGGCGUGGCAAUAGAUUUUUCCAAAAACAGCAAAAAUGCUUUGAAAUGGGCCAUUGUAAAUAUGGCAGAUAAAGGUGACACUUUUUACCUCAUUCAUAUCAACUCCAAUUCUUCCGAUGAGUCUCGUAACAAACUGUUUGCAAAAUCUGGUUCACCACUUAUUCCUUUGGAAGAGUUGAAAGAGGCAGAGGUUAUGAAAAAGUAUGGUGUGCAAACUGAUGUUGAGGUUAUUCAUCUGCUUAACAUUGCUUCCACACAGAAAGAGGUGAGUGUUGUUGCAAAAUUGUAUUGGGGUGAUGCAAGACAGAAACUUAUGGACUCUAUUGAAGAUCUUAAGCUAGAUGCUCUAGUGUUGGGAAGUAGAGGCCUUAGCACAAUCAAAAGGAUAUUACUGGGAAGUGUUAGCAACUUUGUGAUGGUUCAUUCCCCAUGCCCAGUGACUAUUGUGAAGGAUUAUUCAAGCAGCAGCAGCUACUAGAUUGUCCAUUUGGUAUCUUUUUCUUGCAAUGUACUUUGGGGUAACAUUGAAGUUACUCAUCUAAAUUGCAUUUAGCUUCUCCAAAUAAUAAUUAAUAAUAAUAAUAAUAUAUAAUUGGAGUGCUUUAUUAAGUUGGCCAUGUAAAUUAAACUAUAGUAGACUCCUUGCUUAUUAUAAUAUAUAAGAUGUAGAU